UCGUGGUAGAUCGUCAGACAGUCAUUUGGCCCCGCACAGCCAGGGAGCACAGCCCCCCAGCUACAGUCGAAUCCCAAGUUUGUGUGCGAGUGUGUGUGUUUGCUUGUGCGUGUUAACGACAUUGAGCGACUCUCCCAGUGUGUAGUCGUUGCUUUGGCUUGAAAAUAGAAACGUUACCAAACGCCACCGCUGCUACGCAGAGGUUUCACACAAAUACUCUGAACCAAGCCAAAAUAGCAACCGGGACUUAGUGCUAACAUUUACUAAUCCGUUGAAACUAUUAUUUCUACAAAGUUUUCCCACAUGUGAUAAAACAAUACGAUUCGGAUUAUCACCAUCUGGAUACAUACAGUAACCAAGAUUUUUCACAGGAAUCUUGAAUGACUGAUUAAGUAAGGAGGGAUAAAAAUGAGUGAAUCGACCAAGAACGAGUCGGAAUCUUCCUCGACGACAACGGCUGUGCCCAGCGGAACCCCGACGGUGGUGCCUGUCGGCCCUGGAUCGAAUCAAAGUUCCGCCCCGUCUGCGCCAUCUUCCGUUGUCGAGGCCAUGCAGUCGCCCAUGGGUCCAACACAAAUCCCCACUCAAUUCGUAUUUCAGCAACAAAUAAUGGCUAGCCCUCAACAACAGCAGCAGCAGCAGCUGAUGGCUAGUCCUCAACAGCAGCCACAACAACAGCAAGGAAACACACCUGGUCCGUCUCCUGGUGGCUCACAAACGCAACCCAACGGGGGUGGAAACAACCCUUCUCCGAUGAAUGGCGGUAUGAAUGCAGCUAUGACGAUGAAUCCGUCAGCGAUGAGCACGAUCAAUAUGUCAGCUAUGAACUCGAUGAUGCCGUCUUUGGCUAACAAUGGAAUGGCCGGAAUGACGAUGGCGAGUAUGAAUGCUGCCAGUUUCCAACAAUCGAUGGGUCACCCUGGAGGGAUGCCUCAGGUUCAGGUUAUCCAGCAGCAGCUACCCUAUUUACAACAGUUGUACAGUAAUGCCCAGGGACAACAGUUUCUUAUGCCCGGGAAUAUUUCAUUGCAACCGACGGGUGUCAAUCAGACAAUCCAGUCGACCAAUUUCGGACAACCUAUUCAGGUGAUUGCUGCUGGGAAACCAUUUCAGCCUGGACAGUUAACUCCACACCUUCAGAUUACUGGCAACAAUAUGAUAAAAAGUCACCAGAAUGAUAACAAUGCAAUACUUCAGUUUUUCAACAAUGCAAGAAAUAAUAGUUGUAUUCCAACAUCAAACAACCAAACUUUGGUUAUUGGACCCUUGAUCACCAACACCCAAGCUGGCAACUACACUCAACAGGGUCAACAAUCAAAGCCGAAUGACAUGAAUAAAGUAUGUGUAAAAGUAAAUCUAAAAGUUUGCCAGAUUUUAUCCUUGAUUUUACAAAUGAAUUAUCAGCAGAAUCAACAACAGCAGCAGCAACAGCAACAGCCAUAUUUUCAAGUUGUAAAUGGGAUGCCUCCAAAAUCCCCAGUCAUGGCAUCCACAGUUGGAAAUGUCAACAAAAAUAAUAUGCCUGGUGGAACUGUUUCAGUAAGCCAGGCAACUAAUAUGCUACCACAGCCACAAAUUGUUACCUCACAAGCCAACUCUGCACCAAUGCAAAUUGGUGGACCCAUGCAACCUAUGCAGAUCAUAAGUCAAAUGCAGGGUUCGCAAAUGGGACAAUCUUUAGGGUUUUUACCUCCGAAUUUUUACCAGUUCGCGACUUCGGGAGGAAUUGGAGGCCAGCAAGGUCCCAUAAUAAUCAGACAACAUGGCCAACCUGACGGAAUGUUUUUUCAAGCCGCACCUCAGCCAACAAUCACUGCGCAAGCAGCGCCACCGCAACCUGUUUCUGCCCUUACCCCAGCCAUUAAACCAAGAGCUGAGACUCCAUCAAAAGCAGGCGGUACACGACCGUUAUCGACGAUAUUACCGUCCUCGUCUGGAACUUCUACGACACCGACACCGAUUCGUCCAGCCUCAUCGAUGUCUAAUCAGACAUUUGCAACAGGCACGGCCGCUGGUGCUCAAACUGGAAACCCUAGACCUGCUGGUAAGACCAAGAAAGUUGGACGACCUCCACAAAAUCAACAACGACAAGUGGCGCCGACAGUUGUACAAGCUCAGCAAACCCUUUUACAGCCUGUACAGCAGCAGCAGCAACAACAACAACAGCAGCAGCAGCAGCAGCUUCAACUACAACAACAACAACAGCAGCAGCAGCAACAACAAAAUCAACAACUGCAUGCCGUUUCUCAGCAACUCAUUGCUCAACAGUUCCAAAUGCAGAAUUCCUUCCAGAUUCAGCAGUAUCAGCAGCAGCACCAGCAACCGACUCUCAUGUCACUUCCAGCUUUUCAGCAAGUGACCCAACAAACGCUAGAUGCAAAUCAGCAUGCUCAAUUUCAGCAAGCCAUCAACGACCAGCAGCAAGCUCAGCAUCAACAACAACAACAGCAGCAUCAACAACAUCAACUGCAACUGCAGUACCAAAUGAACAAGCCAGUCAUGGCAGUAGCUUCUUCUGCAGCGACAUCGUCUGCGGCUUCUAACAGCGUAACCACCACCACGCAGAGUGCCCCUCAGCAACAACAACAAAAUAUGAUGUCUCCUGCUCAAAUGCCUACCCAACAGCCAAUGCAAAACGUUGCACCUACGAUCCAGCAGGUGAUCCCUCAACAAUCUCAGCAACAGCCAGGAUUGAUGCAGAUACCUCCUUGCAUUUCAUCUGCAUCCUUCGGCCCGAUUACCACCACCACAACAACUACACAUGCGGUUCGUUCUAGCUAUAAACCGAUUGCUCCGGCCCCCCCACAACAACAUCAAGGUGGCCAACCUCCUAAUUUGAUAGCUAUGGCACCUCAUCCCCACCAAGUCAAUAUGACAUCUAAUGAGAAAACGGACCAACAACAUCCACAAAUCUUGACAAUUCCUGUGGGAUCUGCAGUAUAUCCAAUGAAUAUGACAGGAACGCACAACAUUCGAUCCGCCACGCCGAUGAAUAAUUUCCAAACGAUGAAUGGCGAUCUUGGACAACACCAGCAAGGACAAUUGAAUAUUCAUAUGCCAAUGUCUAGCAACCAGCCUACAACUUGCUUUAUUACCAAUCCAGCCGUGACUUCAGCAUCCCGAAUGUCUGCCCCAUUGGGAGGUGGGUUGAUCACCGUUGGACCAGCUGCCCCUCUUUCCGCUAUGGCUAGUAUGACUCAAGCAGUACCUCCUUCAUCGUCUCCGAUCACCAUUUCCACUCAGGGACCACGAAUGGCUAUGCCUCCUUUACAGCCAGUUACAGUGACCGUUUCAGCAUCCCCAGCACCCCAGUUUCCACUUCCAUCACCCGCCCGCCAACCAUCGGCACCGUUACUCAGCGUGGCCGAAAAAGUGGAAGAACCGAAACAAUCUCCUCGGACACCAGCCGAGCCUAUUCCCGUUCCUUCCGCUCCUACACCUACUUCAUCUGUGGAGGAUGUGUCCGCUAAAAAAGAAGUAUCUCAAUUAAAUGGCACUGGCACCGGCCAGCAGAACGAAAACCAUAUCACAAAUCAUUCUCCAGCGUUACGUGAAAAAAAGGAACCAAAUUUGCCUCAAGCAGUUGUACGGCCUCAGAUCCUGACACACGUAUUGGGUGAUUUUGUGAUUCAAGAAUCAUCGGAACCUUUUCCGGUCGGUCGUUUUCAUCCGAAUGAAGCUCUAACGCGAUGUAACGGCCAUCGGAAUCACGAAAAUUACAACUUCAAGUUAGACGGAGAACCUCCCAAGAAAAAACUCCAUGUGGAGCAACCCACAGAGAACCAUCAGUCUCCGCCAAUGGCACCUCAGCCACCUGCCACAGCUAUGGCCAACGAACUCCAGCAAAUGUCAACUCCUAAAGGAGCUACUAUGGCUACGUGCGAAGGAUGUGGAAAAAUGGAUUUUGUCGCCAAAUCACGCCGCUCAAAACGCUUUUGUUCCACAGCAUGCGCGAAAAAGCCUGCUAUUAAUGCUUCGCCGGCAGUAGUAACCGUACAAUCGCAAUAUCAGCAACAACAGCAAGAGACCGUUUCGACAACGACGACUGCCAACGGUCAGGGAGCAAAGGCAACCGCCGGUGGUGGGUUAUUGACCACCGCGACGUCAACCACACAUUCACCAGUUGCUUCAAUAACAAUUGACAUAAACAAAUUGGCUCCCCCAUCCGCCGCAACGGUUCCUCCGUGCACAACCCCGACAACUAAUUUUGCACCCUCAGGAGAUAAGGAGGAUAGCAGUUUGGACGCAGAGUUAUUGGCUCUAGCUGCACAGCAAACGCGUUCCCCUACAACAUCACUUCCACAAACUCCCGCUCAACAGCCGAAACCGGAAUGCAAAACCAAUCCAGCCAAAUGGAGUGUUACUGAGGUGGCGGAUUUCGUAAGAAGUUUAACUGGUUGUACAGACUAUGCCGAAGACUUCGCGAUGCAAGAGAUCGAUGGCCAAGCUCUCAUGUUGUUGAAAGCAGAUCACUUGAUGUCUGCCAUGUCGAUGAAACUUGGGCCAGCCCUGAAGAUUUGCGCCAAAAUUGAUGCUAUGCGUGGUGCUUCUUCCACAGAAGGCGGCAACCAAUCAAAUGGAAAUUAGCACGAAAAGUUUCUAGAUUUAGUUCAUCUCGCUUUUCUCUCAUACAACCCGAACUUGAUAUGUGUUAUAUUUGCCCAAAAUCUGACUGUAAUUUGACCCAUUGUAUUUUUCUGUCUAUAGUUUGUUGAUGAUUCACAGUAAGUUAAUCUUUGUCAUUUCUUUCUACGUAUUUUCUUAGUGGUGCACCUUCAUUACAGUAAUUCUCACGACCGACACUGAACAAAGUAUAUACAUAUAUAUAUCAUCUACAUGGUCAGAAAAUACUCAAAGCUCACAUUAACAAAACAACAACAGCUACACAAUUUCGAACUUAUUAUGGAAAGAAAUAUCUUCGUUUAUAGUGUAAUUCGACCUUAUAUUAAUAAUUUAAAUAUACUAAAAUUGAAGUGAA